AUGGCAGAAUCAACCUCCUUCGUGCCCACCGGCCAGCACCGCAACCUGCGCGCCUGCAUGGUCUGCGCGAUCGUGCGCACGACCUCCGAAUUCAUCAAACACGGCUGUCCGAACUGCGAAGAAUUCCUCCACAUCGCCGGGUCGCCCGAUCAACUCGCAGACUGCACGUCGCAGGUAUUCGAGGGUCUGAUCGCGCUCGCGGAUCCGAGUAAGAGCUGGGUUGCGAAGUGGCAGCGGCUGGAUGGGUAUGUGAAGGGCGUUUAUGCGACGAAGGUGUCGGGCACGUUGCCCGAUGAGGUGGUGGCGGUUAUGGAGGAUGAGAUGAGGAUAAGAUAUUUGCCGAGAGAUGGGACGGCUACGGAGGCUGAUUAG